UAAGUUUGGACCAAAUCGAUUUUUUGACCCUGCAGGAUAUAGAUCAGGGUAAAGUUUUGUACAUAAUUUAAUGUUAAAAGGCGUUAGUAUGAAGUUUUGAAAUUAUAUUCAGGUUAGAUGUUUUUCAUUCGUAAAUUGGAUAUAACUUCCUGGAAGAGAGGUGCUUCAAUAAAUAUUAAAGGAAUAUACCUGUAAAGAAGAAAAAAGAAACAAGCAGGUGUAUUACAACAAUGAAGUGGCGAAGUAAACAAGCAUGUAUGGAGAGAUGAACUUCCUAAGUCUCAGCACAACAGAACACCAUUUUGUUAAGUCUGUGACACAAAAACAGUAGAACAGUAAUGGAAAUGAUGGAGCAGAAAAGGAAGGGUGUUUCUGGUGAUGGUUCGAUCUCUGUAAAGAAGAAACAGAAAACUUUUGGAGCUGAUAAUGAUGAACAAGUGGAUGGUGUAUUGGACUCUGAUACACAGGGGCAACAGAAUUUUAAGAAUUCGGAGCAAGACAUUAGCGCUGGGCCUAGGAAACAAACCGAAACUGAAGAAUAUCCAAUGGAUGAUUGGACAGCAUUUAGAUACCUGUCAAUCCCUCCUGAGAGAAACUGGCCUGGUAAUAUAGUUAUAUAUAAGCACUGGCUUCCAAAACAACACACAUCAUUAGGAAAGGAAAAAGACUAUGAUGAAUUUGACACUUUGAUUCAUGCUACCUCAAUUUCUAAUGCUGAAAAGAUAUUUGAAAAUGGCGGACUAAAGCAACAAGUUGUUGCAGACACGUCCAUAAUAAAUCCAGCCAUAACAUUUUACAGAUAUGACAAUGUCAAAAUGGAAGUAGAGUUUAAAAAUUGUCAUCCAAUGGUUGGAACUGAAGUUAAAUGGUAUGGUCCUUAUAAGAGGGAAAAUCUUAGAACAUCAAAACCAAUUAUAAGAUACGGAAAUGCUGUAUUUUCUAUGAAAACUCUUCGUGGUCUUGAGGGAAUUAUUAGAGAACCGGAUGAUUUCAAUUUUUAUUUUGUUGAGAUAUUAGACUUCCUAAAGGAAUCUGCUUGUCGAAUUUUGAUAACAAAGAAGGAAUAUCCUGCGUUAUCAAAGUAUGAUCCAUAUAAAAAGUGGGGACCUUGGUACAUCAACGAAAAUGGUAAGCAUUUUCACUUGACAGAAAUACAGAAUGCAUCAGGAAAGUAUGUUCCAAAUUCAUUAGAAUUUAUGAGAGAAGAAGAAGAGUCCUUUAGAUCCAUGUGGUUGGCUAAUCAUGACAUCUCUUAUAAGCCUUGUCUUUUGAAAAAUCUUAGAAAGGGUGUUUCUAUUUCAAAUAAUGAUCGCAGCGAUAGAUUGAAAUUAGCCUUGGGCUUACUGGCCUACAAGAUGAAAUAUAAAAGCAAUUCCGUUUUACAACAAUGGUGUUUCCUUAAUGGAGAGGAAGACAUACUUGACAUUCUGAAUGACAUAGUAGGAGAAUAUAUCGAAAAGAAUCAAGAAGAAAACAAGGAAGAAAUUUGCUACACAUACAAAUUGUAUAAAUGGUUGAAACCGCAAAAUUUUGAUAUUACAGAUUUUGUUCAAUUUCUUCUUAUCUUUCACAUGAAUAAAUUCUUCUUGGUAAAUUAUCCCAUAAAAUGGGACACAGUGUUUUUUAACAAACUUUAUCCUCGAGACAGACCAAUUUUACAUGAAACUCUUGAAGUGAUGAUCAAGGAAAAUCUGUUUCACACACACAAUGGACAAGAUCCUGGCAAUAAGGAAAUUACUGGUAUGUCAGCAGGACAGAAUCAUUUCAGUAGAUUAAAUUUCCUAUCCACUCAUACACUUCUAAAUGGACGCGUCAUCCAUUACUGGCUUCCAGAUGACAAUACAAAGUUGGGGAUUGAUGAACAGUAUCAAGUAUUUGACACGCUUACACACUCUACAUCUCUGGUGAAUGCGUAUGAAAUCUUUGAGGGAGGACGACUGGCCCCAUCUAUUACAUUUGCCAACUCAAAUGUUAAAUUGUCACCUUAUCAUCCUGGAUCGCGUGAUAGAAUGAAAGAGGGACAUUUUUCUGAUCAUCAUGAUGAAAACGUCGUAUUUGCAAUGAAAAGAUUAGAUGACCAUGGAGGAAUUGUUGACAGAAAAGGUGAAAAAAACUUUCAUUACUAUAUUGUUGAAAUAGAAGACCAUGGUGAUACUUGUAUUUGUAGAAUACUAGUGACCAAAAGGAAAUAUCCUCAACUUUGUUCAUAUGACCCAUAUAGAAAAGGUGGGCCUUGGUAUGUUGAAAAUGAGAAACAUUACCAUUUAGUGAAGAUAGAAAAUUUACAAGGAGAACAGGUUAGCAACAAAGUUGAGUUUUACAGAGAAGAACCCAGCAGUGAAGCAUUAUUGACAAGUUGGUUGACCAAUCAUGAGAUCUUGUAUAAAGGAGACAAGGAUGAAAGUAAUGGGGAAGGCAUGCUUAGGCUAGCCCUAGGUUUACUUGCCUGUAAAAUGGCACAACCUGAUAACCCAGUUUUGCAACAUUGGUUUUUGGUAGGAGGGGCCAUUGACAUCUAUGAGGCAUUAGAAGACAUUCAUAGAAAUACUGUAGAAGAGUUGUGUGAAUGUGGAAAGGAAAUUAAUAGACCUUGGCCAGAUCAUUUCACAAAACAAAUAGCAAAGGUUAUGUCAAAAUGUCAUUUUGGACAAAAUGGUGAAGAAAUAUUUCGUCUGUAUGAUGAAAUGAGCAAACAUAUGGAUUUCAACAAUAUAGAUAUGACAAGCUUUGUUCAGGGCAUCUUGAAAUUUUAUCAGAAACAAUUUUUUCUUAAAGAAGUGGACCUACAAACUGUUUACAGGAAACUAUUGUCACUGGUUUAUCCCGAUUGUUUAUCUUUGUUUGUAGAGGAGCUUGAACGGGUACUUCAAGAUUAUGCAUUACACAGAAUACACAGAAUACACAGGAAAGUGAGAAAAAAGAAAAAUUGGAAAGGCUUUUCAUAUAACAUCAAGCAUCAAAGAUCAUCUAAAAACAAAGACAGCCAUUAUGCUCGACACUGGCUUCCAAAUGACUACAAGGACUUACUUCCGGAGGAUUUUAAGGCUUCAGAUACAGAGCGUUAUUACAAAAGAUUUGAUGUAUUGAUGAAAUCGCCUGAUGAAAAAAGCUAUGAUAAAAACCUUCAGCCGCUGCUGCAUUUUAUAGAUUGUCCUUCUGUAGCAAACAUCAGAACAGAAUUACUUAACGAAAGUUUUAAAAGGAAGGGCACACGUUAUUCACACCCUUUGAUCGGUGCAAACAUAUAUCGUUACAUGGCAGAUACAUGGAAGAAUGUCAAAAAUGAAUCAAAGAGAAAAGAGAAAUAUGGAGAGGAUACAUUUUGUAUGUUGGAUUUGUGUGGAAAUGAAGGUAUUUACAGCGAAAAAGGUGAAUUUAAUCAUUAUUUGAUUGAAGUACUUGAUUUUACAGAUGAAUCUAUCUGUCGGGUUUUAGCAACAUAUCAUAAAACAUAUCCUGGGCUUUUGAAGAUUGAUACAGAGACUAAAGGUGGGCUAUUCUAUAGGGAGUUUGGGGAGAAUGUCAAAUAUUUCUAUCUUGGCAUGAUUAGAAAUCACGAAGGUUGUAAUGUUAGAAAUAAGGUAGAAGUUUUUAGAGAAGUUGGACACAGAAGUAAUGAGUUCGAUAAUUGGUUUAGAAACCAUCACAGUUUUAGGUAAGGUAACUGAUUACAAAAGUGUGAUACCGGUAUAUUUUAUUGGUAGAGUUCUAUGCAAUUUUUAAGCACAUCAUUAAUGGCAUGAUAUUUCAGGCAGAUUGACGGAAACUGUGUAAAAGCAAUUAUGUACAUCUUUGUGCAUGAAAACAGACACAGAUUUAGUUAAAUUAGCUGAAAUCAGACAAACAGCCUCCACCUGGAAAAAUACUAUAAAGGUAAUUUUACAUCUGGAAUGGACAGGAAAAUUGAGACUGAAUAUGUAAAUUGGGCUUAUUCAGUGUGUAAUCUUAAGAGAUGAAUCUGCAAGAAGUACAGCCUAAAUAUAAACCUUAGGAGAAAUCAUGAAAAAUAAACUGUAUUUUGUUCAUCUCACAGUAACGCACAGCAAAACGCUUGCCAGUACCCAACUGUCCUACAGAAAUCAUUUUUCUUAAGCACUAAUACAGACUGAAUUAGAUGCAGAAAAUACUGUUACAACAGUUUUAACUGAUGACUUAGUUGCUAAAGACAGUUCAUUUUGAAACAGAUUUUGAGUACUUAAAAUCCAGAAACUAGACUCAGCAUUGACAUCAUACAUAAGAUCUGUGUACAAGAUCGAGAUAAAAUUAACAUUUAUAAGUAUUACAGAUAAAUUCAAAAUAGACAGCGAAAUUUUUAAGCAGAGGCUUGUUAAGCAGAAAAGAAGGUCAAGCUAGUCAGAAACAAACUCUUUGUGAUCAAUUUAUUAUAUAAAUCUGUCCAAACAACUGAUGAUAUCAAGGAAUGUUAAGACAGAAGUAUUUUAUCUGAGAAUGUCGAGAAAUUAUCUAACUGUCCUGAUGAUGAAGGCUUAAUAUCUUAAUUACGAAACUUCGGAAGUGAUACUUUUGUAUUAAAAUGGUAUUAGUGAUCUUAAUAUCUAGUACAGAGUCAUUUCAAUUAAAAAAUAAAAGGGGUCGCAAUUGGUGAUUAAAAAUGAUAUCAAUAUUGUUGAAACAGUAACGAUAUAUUUUGAAUGUAUUUCAACAAUCAUGAUGUACAACCUUUAUUGGUGUCCACUGAUGUUCUAAGAUGUUCUCAAUAUAAUGAAAUAUCUGUAUUUGUUGAAAAGAUGUGGUAACAAAGCAGAAAUUUCAGAAGAAAUCGACCAUUUUGAAUGUAGGGAAUUUUGUAAUAGAGUUGAUAGCGUGGAAACUCAGUAUCACGAAUUCCAAGGGACCAAUCGUUUACUUCGAGAUAACCAAACACUUGAUGUAGGUGUUUUUGCUAAAAUGGCGGUUUAACAGGACUUUGAACAUUUUUUUCAAAGAUACUGAGUUUCACUUUAUAUGUGCUUUAUUUUGCCGGAUAGAAGCUCAUUGUAUAGGUUCGUAGAAAGUAACUGCAGAAGUAGAAAUGUAUGCAUCCGUAAUGGAUUUCAAUAAAAAUGAUAAUGUUGUAAAAUGUCUUAAAUAAAUAGAAUUUAUUUUUAAAAGUUAGUAAGAAUGUUGUAAAGUGUGUAUAUUUGUGUAAAAUCUUGUGUAAUAGCAGAUAGUUGACAAUUGGAUUCUUUUGACGGUUCAGAUGUGUAUGUGUUCUAUUUUGACUGAUAAUUUUGAAAUAAGCUGCUGCAGAAAUAGAAGGUAGAUGCAUCCGCAAUACAUUUAAGUAAAAUUGACGAUGGUGGAAAAUGUUUUAAAUGAAUGAAAUGUUUAAGAUUAGUUAGAAAAUUGUGUAGUAUGUAUACUUGUGUAAAAUCUUGUUUUAUAGCAUGUGUGUUUAGUUUUGUUACAGUUAUAUAUAUGCUGAAAAAGGAGGGAAAAACUCUCGCCUUUAUGUGUCAUGUAUUAACUAUAUGACUAUUUACAUUAGACAAUAUUCAGACUUUUUUUAUUGUUGUUUGCAUCUGACACAGUAUUAUUUUCGUAUUCCGAGAAAGGAAAGAUUAUUAAUGGUGAAACCACCUGUACAAAUUACACAUAUUCAUUUAAAGUAACUAAUUCUGUACAACGUCAGGCAUUGUAGUAAAUGUAAAUAAAACAGUCAAGCCGUGUUGGUUUUCCUUUAAUUUGAAAAUAAGGAAAUAAUACUGAACGGUUUUAAGAUAUAAACUUAUAUUGUUGAAUAUUAUCAUCAUUAGUAUUUUUUUUUUUUUUUUUUUGCAAUAAUGGCACAUCUUGGUAUUUUUAUUUUUCAUAUUUUCAAAAAACUUCUAAGUAUAAAUGGCGACUGUAAUGAUUACUUAAUUAGUGUUCAGAUGUUCUUCUUAUCAAUUAGCCAUACAGGUGAGUAGAUUUAAAAAUAUUAAAAUGCAUCAUUUGUAAUAUGAAUCAAGUUAAAACAGAAUACCAUUUUUGUUGGUGCAUCCAUUUUAUAAUGAUGUGAGGAAAACAUGUCCACCUUGAUGUUUUAUUUGACCUGUAUUAAUAGAAAUCUAUGCUAGAAUUAAUUAUGAAAUGUAUCCAAAAGAAUGAAAUUGUAAAUUUAGCAAAGUAUUUUUAGGGCAACACUCUGAAGAAAUGAAACUAAUUGAAUAGUUUGUUUAAAUUUAUCUGAAUAAUAUAUUCUUUAGGUGAAACGUUUCUAUAUUGUACUAUUUUACAUAAAUGUAUGAUCCAUCAUAUAUUUAAUUGAUUAUGACUUUGUACAUAGAUUGUAUGUACUACCAUAUUUUUAGUUGGUGACAAAUAUGAAUGAAAGUAUUUUUAGGGCAACACUCCAAAGAAAUGGAACUAAUUGAAUAGUUUGUUUAAAUGUUUAAAGUGUUAUAUCUGAAUAAUAUAUUCUUUAGGUGAAACUUUUCUAUAUUGUAUUUUACAUAAAUGUAUGAUCCACCAUAUAUUUAAUUAAUUAUGAAUAUGUAUAUAGAUUUAUGAACCAGAAUGUAGUAAAUUGAGGAUGAAUAUGUAUAUAGAUUUAUGAACCAGACUGUAGUAAAUUGAGGAUGAAUAUGUAUAUAGAUUUAUGAACCCGAAUGUAGGAAAUUGACGAUGAAUAUGUAUAUAGAUUUAUGAACCAAACUGUAGGAAAUUGACGAUGAAUAUGUAUAUAGAUUUAUGAACUAGAAUGUAGUUAUUUGACAAUGAACAUGUAUAUAGAAUUAUGAACCAGAAUGUAGUAAAUUGACGAUGAAUAUGUAUAUGGAUUUAGAAAGCAGAAUGUAGUAAAUUGAGGAUGAAUAUAUAUAAUUAUAUAAAUUUAUGAACCAGAAUGUAAGCAAUUGACGAUAAAUAUGUAUACAGAUUUACGAACCAGAACGUAGUAAAUUGACGAUGAAUAUGUAUAUAGACUUAUGAACUAGAAUGUAGUAAAUUGACGAUGAAUAUUUAUAUAGAUUUAUGAACCUGAAUGUGAGAAUUUGACGAUGAAUAUAUAUAUAUAUAUUUAUGAACCAGAAUGUAGUAAAUUGACGAUGAAUUUGUGCAUAGAUUUAUAAACCAGAUUGUAGUAAAUUGACGAUGAAUAUGUACAUAGAUUUCUGAACCACCAGGUAGUUAAUUGAUGAUUGUUAUAUACAUAUAUAAAUUCUGUUGAAAAUACUGUUGUAUUUCACAAGUAAAUAUAAACAGGCAGAAAAAAAUCCAUAUUGUACCAUUUGCAUCGUAUGUUGCCGGACUAUUUUCAUUUAAUAUGCAUGACCUGACACAGUUCUAUAAAUAACACACACAAAAAACUUCACUCAUUUCUAUUUCAAUAUCAGCAAAUAAUGAAGAUUUUGUUCGAUAGAAAAACAACAAACAAAAAGGUAGAGGUAUAUAAUAAAAGGGUCAAAACAACUGUAGCUAUUUUGGGAUUUUGUAUUCGGCUCUUGUGGAUUUUGCUAAGACGGAUCACACUGGGCGGUUGUGCGCCUCUUUAGAUCCGAUCUUACAAAAUCCACUCGAGCCGAAUACAGCAUCCUACAUCUAGCUACUGCUGUAAUAACCUUAUUAUAUUUAUGAACCACAAUGUAGUUAAUUGGUGAUGAAUAUUUACAUAGAUUUUUAGCCACCAUUUAGAUAACUAAUUAUGAAUUAAUAUUUAGUUAUAUUUAUGAACCACCAUGUUGUUACUUGAUGAUGAAUAUGUAUAUAGAUUUAUUAGCCACCAUGUAGGUAACUGGGGAUGAGUUAUAAUGUGCAUAUAUUUAUGACCGAUCAUAUAGUAUAUUGGUGAUGAAUAUGUACGUAGAUACAUGGAACACCAUAUAAUGAAUUGGUUAUGAAUAUGUUUAAGCCACCAUAUAGUUAAUUGAUGAUUAUGUAUAUUGAUGUAUGAACCACCAUAUAAUUUAUUAGUGAUGAAUAUGUAAAUGCAGUCUGAGGGAUAAAUGGCCAUUUUGUUAAUUGAUGAUGAAUGUGUAAUGAUAAUAAGACUUUACUUAAAAUGAAAUGUAAAGAAGUUCAUUUUGCUGCCAUCCUUCAUUUGAAUAGACACUUGAUAGGUCAUUGUCAUUGGAAGCAUACUUAAUGAAAUAAGAAAAGAUUCUGAUACGUUCGUGAACAUUAUGAUACAGGUUUUACAAACCCCAGAAAAUCUUCCUUAAGAAAAAUGCUAUUGGGAUUGUAUCGUUAAUUCUUUCAGAAUUACAACUUUGUUAAUGUUCACCAGGCAUCGUUAGUAAAUUAAUUGAUAAUCUUAUGUCGUAGAUAAGCCAAGAAUUAGAUUAAUGACUGGUUUUAGUAUAAUUAGAAACUCUAAGAAUACAAGGUGUGGUAAAUAUUGAAUCUCUUGCUACUCAUCAAUGUAAGGCCGAAGGCGAGCUUUGGCUGUAAAUAUAUUUUAUGUGAGAAAGUCCUUCGGGUGGCCUAAGGAAAGACAAUGGUUCUUAUACACAGGUGGCUGUCCACCCGUGCUUAAAGAAUUACCGGAGGGGCAUCAGAUUCAUUCUGAUGAUAUUGUUCAUAUUCAUUACAUAUGGUGAUUGUUCAUAAUCAUUAUGAUGAUAUUGUCUGAUGGUAUUGUGCUGAUAUUGUUUGUAUUUGUUUGAUGAUUGUUCAUAGUCAUUAUGAUGAUUGUUCGUUGUCAUUAUGUUGAUAUUGUUCAUAGUCAUUAUGAUGAUUGUUGGUAGUCAUUAUGAUGAUAUUGUUCAUAGUCAUUAUGAUGAUUGUUCAUAGGCAUUAUGGUGAUUGUUGGUAGUCAUUAUGAUGAUAUUGUUCAUAGUCAUUAUGAUGAUUGUUCGUAGUCAUUAUGAUGAUAUUGUUCAUAGUCAUUAUGAUGAUUGUUGGUAGUCAUUAUGAUGAUAUUGUUCGUAGUCAUUAUGAUGAUUGUUGGUAGUCAUUAUGAUGAUAUUGUUCAUAGUCAUUAUGAUGAUAUUGUUCAUAGGCAUUAUGGCGAUUGUUGGUAGUCAUUAUGAUGAUAUUGUUCAUAGGCAUUAUGGCGAUUGUUGGUAGUCAUUAUGAUGAUAUUGUUCAUAGUCAUUAUGAUUAUUGUUCAUAGGCAUUAUGGUGAUUGUUGGUAGUCAUUAUGAUGAUAUUGUUCAUAGUCAUUAUGAUGAUUGUUCGUAGUCAUUAUGAUGAUAUUGUUCAUAGUCAUUAUGAUGAUUGUUGGUAGUCAUUAUGAUGAUAUUGUUCAUAGUCAUUUUGAUGAUUGUUGGUAGUCAUUAUGAUGAUAUUGUUCAUAGUCAUUAUGAUGAUAUUGUUCAUAGGCAUUAUGGCGAUUGUUGGUAGUCAUUAAGAUGUUAUUGUUCAUAGGCAUUAUGGCGAUUGUUGGUAGUCAUUAUGAUGAUAUUGUUCAUAGUCAUUAUGAUGAUUGUUGGUAGUCAUUAUGAUGAUAUUUUUCAUAGACAUUAUGAUGAUUGUUCAUAGGCAUUAUAGUGAUUGUUGGUAGUCAUUAUGAUUAUAUUGUUCAUAGUCAUUAUGAUGAUUGUUGGUAGUCAUUAUGAUGAUAUUUUUCAUAGGCAUUAUGAUGAUUGUUCGUUGUCAUUAUGAUGAUAUUGUUCAUAGUCAUUAUGAUGAUAAUGUUCAUAGUCAUUACGAUGAUUGUUCAUAGUCAUUAUGAUGAUAAUGUUCAUAGUCAUUACGAUGAUUGUUCAUAGUCAUUAUGAUGAUAAUGUUCAUAGUCAUUAUGAUGAUAAUGUUCAUAGUCAUUACGAUGAUUGUUCAUAGUAAUAAUGGUGAUUUUUCGUAGUUAUAAUGAUGAUAUUGUUCAUAGUUAUUGUCAUGAUAAUGUUCAUAUUCAUUGUUCUUAACUUGUUUAUUUUGAUAAUAUUGUUUUAUAUUCAUUAUGAUGAAAUAAUUAUCCAUAUUCAUUGUACUGAAUGUUUAUAUUCCUUAUCAUUAUACCGGUUAUACGAGUUGUGCUGAUAUUGAUAGACCUUGUUUGUUUAAAGUGUAUGUCUUUUUGUACCAGAUAAACAUCGUAUGAAAUGUUAUCAUAGGUGGCUUGAAAAUGUACGACCUGUUGUUAAAAACCCAAACAAAUUUACUUUUUAGCUCCAUUAUUUGAAUUAUUAUAAAUAGUAGAGCUUUUGUUGUCACCAUUUCCUCGCUGUCAGGUCAAAGAAAUCAUGUAAGCAGCUUUUUUUCUAAAACUACAGAACCAAAGUCUUUCAAACUUCUAACAUAUCUUUGGCAUCUUUGGGUGACCUUACAGGAUAAGUUUCAUAACCCUAGCUUUUAUUUUGUCAAAAUUAUGCCACUUUCUCACUUAGAAAUUUUGGUAAACGUUUUGCAUGUAUGCAGGUUUCGCAAAAACUGUUAAGCCAAAUACUUUCAAACUUCACACAUGUCUUUGGCAUCAAAAGAUGACAAUAUAGGGCGAAAUACAUAGCUCUAGCCUUUAUAUUGUCAAAAUUGUGCCUUUUUUUCUUAGACAUUUUGAUAAAAGUUUUGCAUGUAUGCAGGUUUCGUAAAAACUGCUUGGCCAAAUUCUUUCAAACGUCACAAAUUAUCUUUGGCAUCAAACGAUGACAAUAUAGGGCGAGUUACAUAGCUCUAGCUUUUAUUUUGUCAAAAUUAUGCCUUUUUACUUAGAAAUUUUGGUAAAAGUUUUGCAUGUAUGCAGGUUUUGCAAAAACUGCUGGGACGAAUACUUUCAAAUUGCACACAUGUCUUUGGCAUCAAAAGAUGACAAAUAUAGGGCGUUAAAUAGCUCUAGCUUUUAUUUUGUGAAAAUUGUGCGACCCAUUUUCACAUAGACAUUUUGUGAAAGUUGUGAAUGAAAGCAUAUUUCACAGGAGCCAUCUGAUCAAAUGUUUUCAGAUUCUUCACUUAUUUUUGACAUUAUGAGAUGACUUCACAUGGCAGGUUUCAUAAAUUUGGUUUACAUAUUUGCAAACUUGUGCCCUUUAUUUACAUUAGACAAUUUCUGUACGCUAGUAAAGGUGGAUGGGCUUCAAACAGUUGAGUGCAUUGUCAUUAGAUAGCUCUUAUCAUUUAAUGAAUUUUCAAUCGUUUUAAGAAAAAGAUACUCAUUGUGUUGUUAAAUACAAGUGAAAAAAGAGAUAUUUUUCUCUGUGAAAAUGCUAUUUAAUUGAAGAAUAUGUAAGAUAUAUGAUUCAUGCAUUAUUAUUCACAUUCUUUUUCACAUAGUCAUGAUACAUCUAUUACCUAUUCCAGAACUAAAUGUGUCCAUUGUACUUUUACUAAAUGGUCUGCUAUGAUAAACUUCACUGCUUUAUUUUCAUGUAAAAGCAAAUUUUCUAAAACUCUUUCUAGAAGUUAUGGAGGCAGCAUUGCCGCUCAGUGAAACAUGCAGAUUUAAAACGAAGCAUGAUUUGAUUUAAGCUCACCAGAACCUAACGUUCAGGGUGAGCUAUGAGCAUAGACGGAUGGUCCAUUUUUCA